AUGCCAUCUACUACUACGACGGCUACUACUGCUAGCACGGGCUCGACUCUCCACGCCAUCCCCUACGAAGAUACAACGAUCAGAUCCGACUCCCUAUCGACCCCCGGCGCUUCUUCCGUCGAUUCCGAUUCCAGAUCCCGAUCCAUCAGCACCACCGGUUCGUCAUCUGCAGGCGGUGCUACUGGCCCUGGCGGCGCGGGCGACCAGCCACGGGCCUCCCCGACUUCGUCGCAUGGAAAUAAGCUCACAGAAACAGGGCUGGCAGCAAAGGAUAACAGGACAAUCCGGUCGGAGGGAGACAAUUCGGGUCUCAGCCUGCGCAGUAUCCCUAGCAUUAUUGUCAACGAUGCUGCCAGUCUCCGCCCAAGUUCGCGUCCUGGCUCUCGCCCCGGUUCUCGCCCCGGCUCGCGCUGGUCGGAGCGCAAAUGGGGCGGUUUAAGGACUAGGAGGUCCGCGGAACUCGAUAGACCAACGUAUACUGUUUGUCCUCCGUCGCCUCCGCCCCCCGUGCCUCAAAUGGAUCCUCAAUUCAGCGGUAUCUCGCUCGAUAUUCCCACCCCGUCGUUGGACGGCCUUGGGCCGCAGGCAAUGCAGUUCUCGAAACGUGGAAGUCUUAUCAAGAACGAUUCACAAGAGCAGCAGAAACCAGCUGAACAGCCAAAAGAAGCUGAGCAGCCUGAAUUGCAAGAGCAACAAGAUAAACAACCGGAAAUCACCCCAAUUUCGCCUGCCUCCUCUGCGGACGACCAAAGUGAUAUACAACAGCCCCAAUUCCAUGGUGCUCGGCCAAGAUUGUUGAAGCCAUCGGCUUCGCUUCGUGUUAGGCGCCAAAUAAGCAUCCCAUCCCGAGCGAUUUCUGCGGACGAAGACAUGCUGUCACGGCGUGUCAGACUGAUGUACGAAAAGGGUGAGGAAAAUGUGAGUGAUUCGGAGGUGGCCGACUCAAUGGCUAUGGAGAAUGGUGUCCUGUGGGAAGAAGCAGCGGAAACGUCUGCUUCUGACGCUCCGAGUGGUGCUGGGACCAGACGAAUGUCGACUGUGAAGCCCGAUCGAAAGUCUAUGCUCAAGAAGGAAACCAAUGAGUUGGCAGGUGGUAUCGAGUACUGGCAAAACAUCGGAGCAGGCGAUGUCGAUAGGUACGGUUUCAUCCGUCAUCCCCAGAAGAGCUCCGGCGAGACUACGGAACAGCCCAACCCGAUCCAACGAGUCGCUACGAGUCUGCUUCUUUCGUCUGAGACACCCCGGCGAAAACACUCUAUUCGACCUCCGUCGGCCCUGGCAAGCAACCGCUCCUUCACCGGACGUUCACCUACACGCAAGUUCUCUGAACCUUCGAUCCGUCCAUCCUCAUCCCAGAGUACAUACAGUUCGCCAAUGCGACGGUCGACGUCGCGAUUUCGCCACGCUGCGAACCACCUUCCGCACAAUCGCGAUCGCCGGUUCACAGACGAGGCAGCCGACAUGCUCACGCUGCCUGUGGAGGCAGUUGACUCUGCAAACGGAAUUGAUUCAGCCGCGGCGCGCGCCAUGAGGAAGAAAGAGUGGGAGCGGGAGGACAAGUGGGCCAAGAUGGCUCGGCCGUCCAAGAAGAACAAGGACGGUGGCGGCAUGAAGUUCGAGUUUGACACCCAGAGUUCGAAACUCAUCGAACGCACCUGGAAGGGUAUUCCUGAUCGAUGGCGCUCAACGGCAUGGUACUCAUUCCUUGAGGCAAGUGCCAGAAAGCGCAGCGACAGUCCCAGUGAAACGGAGUUGAUGGAAGCAUAUCAUGAGUUCCAGUAUGUCUCAUCGCCGGACGAUGUGCAGAUCGAUAUCGAUGUGCCACGUACCAUCACCAGCCAUAUCAUGUUCCGCAGACGCUAUCGUGGUGGACAGCGGUUGUUGUUCCGUGUUCUGCACUCCAUGUCGUUAUAUUUUCCGGAUACCGGUUAUGUUCAAGGCAUGGCAGCCUUGGCUGCAACACUCCUUGCGUAUUAUGAUGAAGAGCAUACUUUUAUCAUGCUUGUCCGUCUUUGGCAGUUACGAGGCCUAGAACGUCUGUACGAACAUGGCUUUUCUGGUCUAAUGGAGGCCCUUGGUGAUUUUGAACGAGAGUGGUUGGGGGGUGGUGAGGUUGCUAACAAGCUAAACGAAGUUGGUAUCCCGCCAACGGCCUACGGCACCCGCUGGUAUCUAACAUUAUUUAACUACUCGAUUCCCUUCCCGGCCCAACUCCGGGUCUGGGACGUUUUCAUGCUCCUUGGCGAUGCAGACCUGACACCAUCACAUUCGGUCCUCCCGCUCAAAGGGUCCAAACAACCUCAAACGAGCACAUUUGGCAAAGGACUAGAUGUUCUUCAUGCUACUUCUGCGGCCCUCAUUGACGGCAUGCGCGAUAUCAUCCUCGAAUCGGACUUUGAGAAUUCCAUGAAGGUUCUCACCAGUUGGGUUCCGAUCAAGGAUAUCGAGCUGUUUAUGCGAGUCGCCAAAGCGGAAUGGAAAGUCCAUCAUCGAAAAAAGUUUUCAUGA